CUUUCGCCAAAUGACGAAGAAAUGAAUGAGACGAUUGUAAAUUUUGCUUUGUGCGGAGGCGAGUUUAUUUUCAUUUUCAUUUCCCAUAAUUUUACACUUUUUUGUGGUUUUAUAUUUGCAAAAGAUUGCAGUGAAAAGUUAAAACUUGUGUCCCACGUCAAAAAUACACAUAAAAUUGUGUUUUAAAGGAUUAAAAGGAUUGUGAAAGCCGUCAGCAAAUUGCUAUCAUUGGUUGUCUGGGUCGUCUGGUCAAAGGCAAAAACGAUAGAUUAAGUGAAGUGGAAGGAAGUGCAAGGAGGUAGAGGAAGAGUACAGUGAAAAGUAAGUGCUUAACAGAAAAAAAAAACCGACACAUAAGAGCACUUGUGUAAAGCAGACACGGUCAAAAAAGGAAGAAAGAUACCCACAACCGAACAAAUACUUGGAGUUAGAACUUUAGUGAAUGCAAUAGAAUAAGGCAUUGAGGCGACGGGUGCGACGUCAAUAACGAUACAACAACGUCAAUAACGACAGUGUGAGGCAGUGCAUUAAAACGUCUCUAAAGGAAACUGACAAACAACAUAUUUAGCCGACUAAAGGAAGAGGCAAGAAAAGUAUCCAUCAGACAACGACGACUCUGUUGCAGAACGGAAAGCACAAAAAAGUGUGAAAGGUCAGCAGACAGACGAAGAGGAGACAGCAAAUAAAGAAAUCGUGCAAAAUAGUAUACUCAGCCAGUAAGCAAAUCUCGUACAUACAUAAUUCAUACAUAGGUACAACAUAAUAUCAAAUCGGCAAUUUUUUGGAAAAAAAAAUUAAUUUAUACUAUUUUAAAUGCAAUAAAAAUAGAAGUAAUAUUGGAACUUACUGUCGGCCUGAGAAAACACCUUAUCAGACAUCUAAGUGUAACAAUAAAAAAUUCAGUAUAAUCAGCUUAAGAGAGCAUUAAUCAAGGAUUGGUAAAACUAGUGAAAAAAGCCAAGAAUUAUUCUUUCUAGAGUGCUGCUUUUGUUGUCCUUGUAAUUUUCACUUGCCGCAAAAUUGAACAGCAGGCUUCAAAAACUUCUAUUAUACUAUCGUGACACUCCUAAAGGAAGUUGCAACACAACAUAUAUAUAAUAUUUUGAAGCUAAAAAACUGAAGCUUUGUUUUUGCCUUUAAUUUGCGAUCAGCUGUAACUGGAGCAUUUGUUGACGACUUGUCGACCAGCGCACUCUUUUUGUGCCACGUGCGAUGUUGCCAUUCACCCCACAAGUAGUUAAACGUUUGUUAGCACUCAAGAAGGGCAACGAAGACACGGUCGAGGGAAAGUGGUCGGAAAAAGCAGUAAAAAAUCUUGUUAAAAAAGUAAAAAAGAAUAUACAGCUUGAGGAAUUAGAACGUGCCAUAUCCACGCAGAAUUGCAAUACACGCUGUGUCACCGUACCGCGUAGCAAGCCAGGCGCUUCUGGCGAAAAUUUGCGCAAAGGACAACCACAUGUAAUAUAUUGCCGUGUAUGGCGCUGGCCGGAUUUACAAUCACAAAAUGAACUGAAAGCUUUGGAUCAUUGCGAAUACGCUUUUCAUUUGCGUAAAGACGAAAUUUGUAUUAAUCCAUAUCAUUACAAAAAGAUUGAACUAUCAAUUUUGGUGCCAAAAUCAUUGCCGACACCGCCAGAUUCCAUUACCGAUUAUCCAUUAGAUAAUCAUACCCACCAAAUACCCAAUAAUACGGAAUAUAAUGCCACAACAAUACGCAGUGCUUCUUUGAGUCCACCACAGUACAUGGAGCUAUCAAGCCAUCAUCAUCAACAGCAGCAGCAUUCGCCCGGUAGUCUUGUUGGUUUAGGCAUGAGUGCCGCACAACAGCAACAGCAACAGAUGAAUGGCUCACUUGUAGGAUCGGGCGCUUGCAACAUGGACUCACAGUCAAGUGUAUUAAGCGUAGGUAGCAGCAUUCCUAAUACGGGUACACCGCCGCCGGGCUACAUGAGCGAAGAUGGUGAUCCGAUCGAUCCGAAUGACAAUAUGAAUAUGUCCAGGUUGACACCGCCAGUUGAUGCUAGUCCCGUAAUGUACCAUGAGCCCGCUUUUUGGUGCUCAAUUUCGUACUAUGAACUAAAUACACGUGUCGGUGAAACUUUUCAUGCCUCCCAACCAUCCAUUACAGUUGAUGGCUUCACUGAUCCCUCCAAUUCGGAGCGUUUCUGCCUCGGCUUACUUUCCAAUGUAAAUCGCAAUGAGGUGGUUGAACAAACACGCCGUCACAUUGGCAAAGGUGUACGUCUCUACUAUAUCGGUGGUGAAGUAUUCGCCGAAUGCCUCAGUGAUUCGUCUAUAUUUGUACAGAGUCCGAAUUGCAAUCAACGCUACGGUUGGCAUCCAGCCACUGUCUGCAAAAUACCACCCGGUUGUAAUUUGAAAAUUUUUAAUAAUCAAGAAUUUGCUGCAUUGCUAUCGCAAUCGGUUUCACAAGGUUUUGAGGCCGUUUAUCAAUUAACACGCAUGUGCACCAUACGUAUGUCGUUUGUAAAGGGUUGGGGUGCCGAAUAUCGCCGGCAGACGGUUACAUCGACACCGUGUUGGAUUGAAUUGCAUUUGAAUGGACCACUACAAUGGUUGGACCGUGUGCUAACACAGAUGGGUUCACCACGUCUGCCAUGCAGCUCGAUGUCUUAAGCAGAAAACCAAGAAUGUACGCAGUGGAUGAAGAAGAGCAGGGGACACAGAAAACUGAAAUUGGCGUUUCUGAUAUUUAAUAGAAUUUAAAUGGUAUUUUAAGCUUUUAAAGUCUUAAAAUACUCAAAUAAUAUUAAAAUAUUUUUUUUUUUUAUAAUAACCACACCACUAGUGAUUAGCUAUUGAUUAUUGAAUAUGCACAAUUUACGGUUAAGACAUGUGCUAACACAUGAUUUCAAUUUUGUUGCAGGCAUAAAAUAUGCGAUAAUACUGAAGCCAGAAAAGUAAAUUAUAAAUAUGCAUGUGUGCAUAUAAAGUUACAUAAAAUGAUAAUACAUGUGUAAAACAUUAAUAGUAUGUAUAAUUAAAGUAGAAAAAAUACUUGCGAUUUCUAUUUAAAAUCAAUAAGUCAAAUAUAAAAGAAAACAACAAUUUUUGAAAGCAUUCUCGGUGUUUAAGAUGUGUAUGGUGGCAUUUUGUUAUCAACUCGAAGGACAAUUUCAACUAAUACACAACAUAGUACAUAUUAUAUACAUAUUAACAACAACAAAAUAUGUUAUCAAGUAGCAAUACUCUUGAACGUAAGCAACCAAGGAAAUACAAACAAGAAGAGCUUUUAGAUUUUAAUGUUUUAACAAUAGAUUUUGUACCGUUUACACACUUAUAACAUGUGUCCUGUACACAAUAAUUAUAAAUAUAUUCAAACAAACAACAUGAUACACAGCACGAUUGGGAUAUUUGCUAUAAGCAAAUUAUGGAAAAUUGAAAUUCGAUAAGCAUUUUGUAAGUAAAUUUUAAUAAUUGAGAAAAAAUAGCUUAAAGCUGGAAUUAUUAGUGUAAAUGUUAUUAUAUUAUUUGAAUAAAAUUGUAUCCGCUAUAUGGUAUAACUAACAAUAUUUUAAGUAUAUGCCGUGCUUCAGAUUUGCGUUAAAAAAAAUUGAUGUUUUCAGACGUUUUUAUUUUAUGUCACUUUAAUAUCACAAAACUUACUUGUCACUAUAAUUUUAUCAUGUACCAAAUUCAAAUUAGUGCUUCAGCUUUAAGUUUUUAAACUAAAAAUUGUACUACGUGCAUAGUAUACAUUAUAUUUUACUCUACUGAUGAUUAUACACUUCCUUAUACAUUAUACUUGUACUUUCGUUUUAAAUAUUGUAUCCGAAAUUUAGUUGAAAAGUCACAGCCGUUUAAAACGAGAGCUGCUAUUUAUUCAGUCAAUAAAAGUGAUAGCAGUUGCAAUAAACUUUACAAACAUACACAUAUACAUACAUAAAUUAUAUACAUAAAUACUAAAACACUGUGAUUCCGCGUUAUGGCCAUCAAUUGCCAAAUUACAAUGCAAGUCAAAGUUAAAUAAUUAAACUGCCAUACAUUUUAUAUGAUUAGAAUUUUACCUACAAUAUUUGCAGUUUUCGUUUUAGCGGCUGUAGAAUUAUAAGUACACUCCAUAGUACCAAAAAAAAAAUGUAAACCCUCGCAAAAAUUUAAAUCAAUUCAUGCAAAAUUUCAAUUGCUCUGGCUAAAUGCGCUAGAAUUGUAUAUAACAUAAGUAAAAAUUAACUCCAUUAUUGUUUUUUUUUUUUGGUAAUGUAGUAAGCAACAAUGUCAUAAUUAAGCAAUUCUUUGAUUAGUUAUUUGUUAAGUGAAAUCAUUUAUUAAACAUACUCUAUUUGUGUUUGUAUUUUUAAUAUUUUGUCCGUACUCUAUAACGGUUGACUUUCAUGCAACGUGAAAUAUGUACGUUGUAGUUAUUUGAGUUUCGGCAUUAGCAUUAACAUAAUAUAACUGAAUCUAAGUCCCAAUUUAUUGCUCUAUAAUUACACAAUAUAUGCAUAUGUCAUUAUACCAAUAAUAAUAAUAGAAAUGCUAAAACUAAUAAAGGUAAUAUAAAAAAUA